AUGGUUUCUGUCAAAACAUUACUUACUCUAUCAUUGACUGUUGUCACUGGUACUUUGGCUGCUAAUGUAGCUUCCAUAUCAGAUUGUCCUCCUUUACCUGCUCGUGCGGUCUCUAAUGAAAUUACUGACCUUCGUAUUGAUGAUAUUAAAGUAAUAGGCGCCUUAGGUGAUAGUAUUAUGGCUGGUUUCGCUAUGAUGGGUAUUGAUUAUGAAGGUUCUGGUGUCGUCAACUUCAGUUUAGUCUCAGAGUAUCGUGGUAAUAGUUACGGUAUUGGCGGAGAUAGUGGAGCAAUUACUUUAGCCAAUUUUAUGAAGAAAUACCAGCCUAAAGUGAAGGGCGCAUCUGUCUUGUCUCAUUUGGUAUCUUAUUGUAGUAAUGAUUUAUGUGGUUUCCCUCUUUCAGCAUGCAUGAAAACAAUGAUGACUUCGUCUAGCUUCCGAAAUGAUUGGAAAAUGAUUACUAUCCAAAUUGGUAGCAACGAUCAAUGUGCUGCUUGUACAGAUGGUAUGCAAAAUAUUGUUUCCGCUGAAUCUUAUGGUAAAUAUGUCGAAGCUGUUAUUGCACGUAUCAAGGCUGAAAUUCCGAAAACUAUUGUUAAUUUAUUGGGUACAUUUAAGGUUUCUGGAGUGUUCCCGUUGACUGCUGGUCAGGCGUAUUGUGUUCCUAAUGGUUUCCUCCAGAAUACAGGUGAAUGCUCCUGUUCUGCAGGUAAAAAUUGGGCUACAAUGGACGUUCUUUCUGAUGCUUAUAACGUUCAAUUACAAAACAUCGCCAACAAGUAUAAGGGUACUGCUGGUUCAACAUUUGCUGUCAUGUAUAGUCCUGCUCCUAUUGAUUUAUCUUCCUUCCCUGUUGAUGCCCUAAGUCUAAAGGGUCAUCAAUGGAUUGCUAAAGCAUUUUGGAACCAACUUUUCCUUCCUGCUGCGUCUAAACCAUCCAUUUUGACUUUUGACCCGAAUCUUGGUAUCUACUGUCCGACUGAAAGCGACAGAUUACCCAUCGGUUAA